AUGGCUUUCAUCGUUCACAGUUCACACAUUGUUAGUAUGGAUGAGAGAUUUAUGGUUGGAGUGAAGGCGUACUUAAAAGCUAUCGAAGCCAAAGGAAUCGCUACACAAACUUCCUACAUGGGAGUGUUGAUGUACUCAGACGAUCCCAUGCAGUGCCAGCCUGCUAAUGAGGGCCUAGAGUGCUUGUUGGGCGAGGAAGGGACGGGUUUCUUCCUCCCACGUGAAGUUGGUACGGUGUUCGGUUUGGUCCGACACGGGUUCCCAUUUGCUUCCGACUACGGUGAACUUGUUCGACGAAAUGACCGAAUGCCUGUUCCACAAGGCACUGGGACGGGGAAGAAAGCCGCAGCCACGCCGAUAGAAGUCCAAGCUUCCCUCAUCGCCGCUAUCGAAUAUUUCCUCUAUAAUCUCGUAUCUUUCUUCAACUUCAUUCUCGUUUUCGAGCCGCUUAGCUGUGUAGAUGAAGAGUUUGAACCAGCAGAAGUAUAA